AUUGGGUCGGUGAUGGUCAGUGGUGGGGUGGGUACCUGUGUUCGGGAGGUGCAGCCAUGAGGUGGGAGCAGCAAUCAGCUGGGUGAUGCCGUUUCGGUUUCUGCACCACGUGUGGGUGCUGUGUGGUUUGGAGCAAUCGGUCUUCAGGCAGGGUGAGUGCUCAGUGUGGGGUUGCAGCGUGGGAAGUGGCGGGGCCCUGGACAGACGUGUCAUUCACAUCGGGGAAGCAGAACCAGGCGCUGUGGUUGGUCAUGAGCCUGGGCUGCUUCCUGCUGCACUGGCACCCAGGGCGAGGGAGCCGGCAGCAGCGGCAGGUGAGAAGAAUGGGCUCCGUGUCGGAGGAGCUCAGCUUGGUUCCCUUGCACCAGAGGCCGGAGCUCCUGGAAGCCUGUGCCAAGCUGCUGGGCGAGGAGUGGGGGAAGAGCCGGGCGUCGCGGCUUCACACGCUCCAGCGCUCCUCGGACGCCUUUCCUGCCUGCCUGCUGCUGCUGCGGAGCCGGGGCCCCAGCGAGACCCCUGCUGCCCGGGAGGGGCCCUGCGAGCUUGUGGGCCAUGCCCGACUCUCCCGCGUGGUCGCCCGUCCCCAUGACCUUUUUGUGGAGAGCGUGGUGGUGGCCCGGGCGCUGCGGGGCCAGGGCUAUGGGCGGCGGCUGAUGGAGGCCACCGAGCAGUGGGCCCGGGCCCGGGGCUUUCGCUGCCUGCACCUCACCACCCAUGACAAGCAGCAUUUCUAUGCCCACCUGGGUUUUGUCCUGGGUGAGCCGGUGCAGAGCGUGGCCUUUCUCAGCCCUGCUAUAUCCUCUGAGGUGCUGCGGCUCUUCUCUACCCCUUCUGGGGCUGCCACUGCUACCACCACCAGGCCACGGGUACCCGCUGCUCCUCCGCUUCCCCUCCCACCCCUCACUGUCCCCCCACCACCUCCCCCACCGACUGUGAUCUGGGCGAGGGGUGUCCUGGCUGAGAGCAGCAAGCAGAGCCUCCUGGAAACCCCACACCGUGAUGCCAAAGGGCUCCCCAUCUUCUGGAUGAAGAAGGACAUCUGAGGGGCUGUGGCCCCACUGAGCCAGUGAUUAAAAGCAGUGCGGGUGGGAGCUGCCCGCCGCGGCA